AUGGUCCAUUUGAAGCGUUCCUGUUCGCCGUCGCUGGCGUUUCUUGUGGUGAUGUCAACCGUUAUGCUUUCAUCAUUUGCAGCUGCCUUUCAAUUACAACAACACCAACAAAUACAACAACAACAGCCGUCCACUAGAAGAAUACCAGCAUCUGUCCCAUACGACAGAAUAUGCCUCAAGGCUGAGAUGGGUGGCACUGAUGUUGAAGACAACGUAGGUGAAGAAGAUGAUUUUACCGCAGUGAAAGUAGAAAGCACCAACAAUCCAGCCAAACAAGCAUUGUUUGACAGUUUCCAAGAUCCCACUAGUACAUCAUAUUAUCGAUUGCACACGCCCACCAAGGAACGAACGGCAUUGGUGACAGAAAUGACCAACACAAAUCCGACGGCUUCUCCAGGAUCCACCAAAUCCUUUCGCCAUUUGGCACCUGGCAUUUGGAGGGUCGUCUAUGCACCCCACAUUGCCACUUUUGGCAUGGUCGUUUCGCAGUUCCUAUCGGCCUUGUUUUCCCAAUCGCCAUUAUUCAAUACAGUAGCAGCAGAUGAUGUUACCAAUAAGAAGGGGACUACCAACAAAAACUCGCCUGGAGUUUCGAUUGGAUUUGAUCCCGUCUAUUAUCUCAUGAGGCCCGAUGGCACCAUGACUUCCCAUGCCCGACUGGUCGUCAAGUUCUUGAACAAUAAGCCAGCAGAAUCAGUGACCUGGUUUUCCGUGGCGGGAACCUACUCGAGUCAAGACGAAGAUCAAAUCUGUCGAGUUGACUUUGAUGAGGCUUGGAUUCAAACCAGCAGUGAGAAGAUGAAUGAUGAUCCAUUGGAAUUGCCGCCCUAUGCAAGUUUGGACGAGGUUCCAGCCAGUUUGGGCAAGGAUAUCAUUAAUGCUUUGGGACGAUUCUUUUUCGUUGACGGAGUAUCUGUCUUCCCAGUAUCAUACUUGGAUGAUGAUUGCAUUGUCUUUGAUUUUGAACUAUUGGGCACUCGCAUUUGUGCCAAGAAGGUACAUCAAUUGCUUAACGACGAGGACGAUGAGAAUAAUGACCCUGUCUUGCAAUUUCUGGCAGAGAAAGAACCAAAAUAG